AUGGCGGAAAACAAAGGCGGCGGUGAGGCCGAGAGCGGCGGAGGAGAAGGGGGGGCGGCGGCGGCGGCCGGGCCCGGAGCGGCGGAGGCGGAGCCGCCGCUCGCCGCGGCGCUGGUGGAGGAGGCGGGGGACGACGACGAGGACGACGACGGCGGCGGGGCGGCCGAGGACCCCGCGGCCUCCACAUCCACCUCAACCACCACCACCACCACCACCACCUCAUCGUCGUCGUCGUCGUCGUCGUCGUCGUCGGGCCCCGCGCCCCCGCCCCCCGCGUCGGGGCCUCCCCCCGGGCCCCCGGCCUCGCUGCUGGACACCUGCGCCGUGUGUCAGCAGAGCCUGCAGAGCCGGCGCGAGGCGGAGCCCAAGCUGCUGCCCUGCCUGCACUCCUUCUGCCGCCGCUGCCUGCCCCAGCCCGAGCGGCAGCUCAGCGUGCCCAUCCCCGGAGGAAACAACGGAGACAUCCAGCAAGUUGGUGUGAUCCGGUGCCCAAUAUGCCGCCAAGAAUGCAGACAGAUAGACCUUGUGGAUAAUUACUUUGUCAAAGACACAUCGGAAGCACCCAGCAGCUCUGAUGAGAAAUCAGAACAGGUGUGUACUAGUUGUGAAGAUAAUGCUAGUGCGGUUGGCUUUUGUGUAGAAUGUGGGGAAUGGCUGUGCAAGACGUGCAUAGAAGCACAUCAGCGUGUAAAAUUCACUAAGGAUCACAUGAUCAGAAAGAAAGAAGAUGUCUCAGAAGCUGUGGGAGCAUCUGGUCAGCGUCCUGUUUUCUGCCCUGUCCAUAAACAAGAACAGUUGAAACUUUUCUGUGAAACGUGUGAUAGACUGACAUGUAGAGACUGCCAGCUAUUGGAGCACAAGGAGCAUAGGUAUCAGUUUUUGGAAGAAGCAUUUCAGAAUCAGAAGGGUGCAAUUGAGAACUUAUUGGCCAAGCUUCUUGAGAAGAAGAACUACGUUCAUUUUGCAGCCACUCAAGUGCAGAAUAGGAUAAAAGAAGUAAAUGAAACUAACAAGCGAGUAGAACAGGAAAUAAAAGUGGCCAUUUUCACCCUUAUCAAUGAGAUUAAUAAGAAGGGGAAAUCUCUCUUACAGCAGCUUGAGACUGUUACAAAGGAAAGGCAAAUGAAGCUGAUACAGCAGCAAAAUGAUAUCACGGGCCUCUCAAGACAGGUGAAGCACGUGAUGAACUUCACCAACUGGGCGAUCGCAAGUGGUAGCAGCACAGCCCUGCUUUACAGCAAGCGACUGAUUACAUUUCAGUUACGGCAUAUUUUGAAAGCGCGGUGUGAUCCGGUCCCAGCUGCUAAUGGAGCAAUACGCUUCCAUUGUGACCCCACCUUCUGGGCAAAGAAUGUAGUUAAUUUAGGUAAUCUUGUUAUCGAAAGUAAACCAACCCCCGGCUACACUCCUAACGUGGUCGUCGGACAAGUUCCUCCAGGGACGAACCAUAUCAGUAAAACACCUGGGCAGAUUAACUUAGCACAGCUUCGGCUCCAGCACAUGCAGCAGCAGGUGUACGCACAGAAACACCAGCAGUUGCAACAAAUGAGGCUGCAGCAACCAACGGCAACUGUAGCAGCAACAACAACAACCCACCCUAGACAAGCAGCCCCUCAGAUGCUUCAGCAGCAGCCCCCACGGUUGAUCAGCGUCCAGACGAUGCAGAGGGGCAAUAUGAACUGUGGGGCUUUUCAGGCCCACCAGAUGAGGAUGGCACAGAAUGCUGCUCGAAUACCAGGGAUACCCCGGCACAGUGGACCUCAGUACUCAAUGAUGCAGCCACACCUCCAAAGACAACAUUCUAACCCAGGACAUGCAGGGCCCUUUCCAGUUGUUUCCGUGCACAACACCACAAUAAAUCCAACUAGCCCAACUACAGCAACCAUGGCCAGUGCAAAUCGUGGUCCCACCAGCCCGUCUGUUACAGCAAUAGAACUUAUCCCAUCAGUAACAAAUCCAGAGAAUUUACCAUCCCUACCAGAUAUUCCGCCAAUUCAGUUGGAAGAUGCUGGUUCAAGUAGUUUAGAUAAUCUACUAAGUAGAUAUAUCUCAGGCAGCCACCUACCCCCUCAGCCUACAAGUACCAUGAAUCCCUCCCCAGGACCCUCAGCCCUGUCUCCAGGAUCGUCAGGUUUAUCCAAUUCCCACACGCCAGUGAGGCCACCAAGUACCUCCAGCACAGGCAGUCGAGGCAGCUGCGGUUCAUCUGGCAGAACUGCUGAGAAGACAAGUCUGAGCUUCAGGUCUGACCAGGUGAAGGUCAAACAGGAGCCUGGAACCGAAGAAGAAGUAUGCAGCUUCUCAGGAGCCGUGAAACAGGAGAAGACGGAGGAUGGCAGGAGGAGUGCUUGCAUGUUGAGCAGUCCCGAGAGCAGCUUGACACCUCCUCUGUCAACAAAUUUACACCUGGACAGUGAGUUGGAUGCAUUAGGGAGCCUGGAAAAUCAUGUGAAAACGGAACCCAUGGAUAUGAACGAAAGCUGCAAACAGUCGGGGCUCAGUAGCCUGGUCAAUGGGAAGUCCCCAGUGCGAAGUCUAAUGCACCGGUCAGCCAGAAUUGGCGGGGAAGGCAACAACAAAGAGGAUGACCCAAAUGAAGACUGGUGUGCUGUGUGCCAAAACGGAGGGGAUCUCUUGUGCUGUGAAAAGUGUCCCAAGGUUUUUCACCUCACUUGUCAUGUUCCAACUCUUCUCAGCUUUCCAAGUGGGGAGUGGAUAUGCACGUUUUGCAGAGAUCUUGGCAAACCAGAAGUUGAAUAUGAUUGUGACAAUUUACAGCAUAGUAAGAAGGGAAAAACUGCACAGGGCUUAAGUCCCAUGGACCAAAGGAAAUGUGAACGACUUCUGCUUUACCUCUAUUGUCAUGAGCUGAGUAUUGAAUUCCAAGAGCCAGUCCCAGCUUCGAUACCAAACUACUAUAAAAUUAUAAAGAAACCAAUGGAUUUGUCUACGGUGAAAAAGAAACUUCAGAAGAAACAUUCCCAACACUACCAAAUUCCAGAUGAUUUUGUGGCAGAUGUCCGGUUGAUCUUCAAGAACUGUGAAAGGUUUAAUGAAAUGAUGAAAGUUGUUCAAGUUUAUGCAGAAACACAAGAGAUUAAUUUGAAGGCUGAUUCAGAAGUAGCACAGGCAGGGAAGGCAGUUGCAUUAUACUUUGAAGAUAAGCUCACAGAGAUCUACUCAGACAGGACCUUCCCACCAUUGCCCGAGUUUGAGCAAGAAGAGGAUGAUGGUGAGAUAACUGAGGACUCCGAUGAAGAUUUUAUACAGCCACGUAGAAAACGCCUAAAAUCGGAUGAGAGACCGGUGCAUAUAAAGUAAUCUGACAUGGACCUAAGUGAAUUGUAAAAACUGUUAUUUAAGUGUUGCUGGAAUUAUCAUGCCUACGGUGGCCAUCUCCUUGAAGAAGCUGAUAGCGUUUAGACAGUAUUAGAAUUUAAAAAAAAAAUGUUUGGACAGAAAACACAUUCUUGUCAAAAGGGGAAAAUCAGUUGAAGAAAUUUUUUUUGGAAAGAUUUGAAAUCCCUAUUUUUUACUGAGGAAGGCGAUCUCUGUUCUCACAGGUCGAGAUGGGUGAAUGUUGAGGAUCAUGGGGUUUUUUGUUUUGUUUUGUUUUCUGGUGUAGGAUAUUGUCUGUACAGGUAAAUAAUUGGAGUCCCAUUGCUUGUUAAUUUCUCCCUUAGGACUGGAACAGUACAGUUACCGAAUCAUCUUUUUUCAGCACUGGACUGUUGUCUAGUCAUACUAAAGGUGGCAUUGACCAAACCCCCCCACUUCACAUGGACUCAGUUGUGUGUUGAAUCAUGUUGUUCUCAUUUGAAUGCUAUUGGGCUUAACUGACUUCCGUAAUUCAGAUCAAUCUGGUUCCUUUCCCAAAGCCUGGGUAUUAUAUAGGAGAUAAAACCUCAGAUCACUUAUCAGUAAACUUUCAGGGACUAGCAGGCACUUGAACUGAGCACUGCAGUUUUGGGUUAGCCAUAGUAACUUGGUUGUGGAUCAUGUACGUUGAUAAUGGAAUCUCAUCUAGACGCACUCCCGUGCCGUUGACCGUCCCAUUAAAUUUGUUAGAUUCUAUUGUCCCCGUGAAAGAGGCAGAAUGUUAGCUUCAAUAUUAGAUAUUUAAUCUUCUGUACUUUUAAAUUUUAGUCAGAGAAGGUAAUAACUGGCGGUAAUCCAGUCUUCCUUCGUAUCAGUUUUCUGAUGACCACUAUUGGCGAACAAUCGAUCAACUACCAAAUGUGUAAAAUUUCCUGUAUUUCACAUUGUCUUAUUUGUAAAUAGUGGACUGAAAUUCCUGGCAGAUUAGCAACAUUUGCUAAGCCUGUUUUUUUUAAGCUAAUAUGUAUUCUUACUAAUGUUCCUAUCAAGAGUGGAUUUGUAAUAUAUUCCGUCUAUUUCUAACAUUACAUUCAUAUUUUGAGGUUCUAUCUUAUUUUCCUAGAGAACAGACUUCUCAAAGACUACUUCAAAGGAGCUUCUGAAUGAAACGUCCAACACAUUGAUCGAGUCCUAUUGGGGUUAGGUUACUCAUCCAUCUGCAGAGCGUGUGUGGCAUUUGUGUGGAUUAGGACUGAAAGAACUCGGAAGCCCGCUCCGAGUGCAUAUCCUGAAAAUGAGCCGGUCCCUCCGCAGCGGAGCACUGGGCGGCACACCCACCUCUGCCCCGAUCUCAGGAGCCCUGGACAGUUCAAUCGGCAUGUAGUUUUGGAGAUGCUCAUCUUCGCUUCAUUUGCUUUGAAUGUUCAGUUGCAAGAUGGGCAUUCUAGCUAGCCCUUAUAAAGGCUUUUUCGUUGUUGUUGUUGUUGUUGUUGUUGUUGUUGUUGGAUCGAAUUAGAAAACUCCUAUAUUUGUAAGGACGCAGGACAGAUUAUGGUGACCAAAAUAGAAGAACUUGCCAUCAGAUAGUUUUCUCAAAUGCUAUAGAUCUGUGGCAAAUCACUUGCCUUUAUUUACAUUCAGCAUGAGCAAUUCGUGACAGGUUAUCAGUAGGAUAUUAUUUGACUUCUCCAUUCUGUAGAGGGAAAUGUUUUAACACAAUAUUUUGAAUCACUAUCAUUGAUCAACCUAUAUAGAAGUACUCUAGGGAAAUCUUGCUGCACAUUUCUUUCGAUUUGCUUUUCUCUUCUGUUCCGAGGGAAGAGUAUUAGGGGUAUGAUUCAGAAUAUUUGUUAAAUUCAGUCAUUUCUGCUAUAACCUGCAUUUUUUUCCUUUCACGUUUUAAACGUGACGUGAGUUUGGUCUGGGUAUGGCGUGAUCCACAAGUUGGCACAAGGAGAUUCAGUGCUGGAAGAAACGGUUGUGCGCUUGCAUCGGGUGUUGGUCAAGGCUUCAUGCCGCCGCACCUCUGCCUCAGCUUUUGUGUUUCUCUGUGUCUGUGUAAUUUUAUAAUCUUUAAUAUAGUAAAAUAACAAUGAGUGUGCCAAGAAUGUAAAGGCUUUCUGCUCCUGGUGGAUAUAACACUAAUACAGGAAUUUCUAUCAAAUUUCAAUCACAGCAACAUUCUCAAGCAGUAAUCUUUAUCAGUAGUUUCUGUAAUGCGAUUUUCUCAUAGUCAUGUGGAUCUUCAGGAACCCAGCUACCGGGUUAUAGGAAAAAUGACUUUAUUUCGGAGACGGCGUCAAGCCAUUCCUUCAUUUUUGUCUAGUUCUAGUCUGGCAAGAAAACUUUUCCUCCUGAAGUGAAAAGUCCAACGUGAAUCCCAUUUGUUGGAUUGUAAAGACUGGUUUCCCCAUGCCUGCAAAGUGACGCAUGUCUUGGGGAAGCCCUUUGGCUGUAGGAAGAAUUGAUGUGGGCGUUAUAAUUUCCUUUCUAGUGACCAUUCCCUUUAGUAUGACAGUUCCUUGCAUAUAUGCCUGUCAUCAUUUUUAGUUAAUCAUUUCAUGAGCAGUUUGGAAAAUACAGUCUUUUCAAGUUAUAUAAAUGUUUCCCUAGUAUUUAUGGCCCUUGGAAAAACACAAGUUGUCCCAACAGUUCAGCUUUGAGACUUGAGUUGCCAUUUCCAAAUGUCAUAUUCAAAAGGUCUCUAUGUCUUCGGUAGGUUGUAAGCACGAUUCUUUGUGCUAGGAAAUGAUCAUUCAUGCCACUGUGGAGUAACUAUUGAAACGACAGACUUGUAAAUUCCAUUCUCCGUCACCACCGAGCCACAAUGCAAUUUGGACCUAUUCGUGUUUUGUUCUCGCAUGCUGAUCAGUACGCUGUUACAAAAGUAGUUCUUUUAACCCCCUGCAAUUUAUAGACUAUGGUAGAGAAUACAGCAUCGGACCUUUUGUGUCAAAUCUCGCAGAUCGUACAAGUGUUCCCAGUAGUUUGUGCAUAAAUAACAUUAACAUUUGAAGGUUGAGGUUUUGUUUUGAUAUGCUCAUUUGUAGUUAGUCUUUGUAAAAGAGUCAGUAUUUUGCAAUUGGCUUGGUUCAACUGUCUCUGACAACCUUAUCAAUUUAAUGGACAUCACUUAACUUUUGCCCUCUCACAGCCAACCACCACCUCCCACCCCUCCACCCCUGCCCCAACUUUGAACAGAAAGUAAUUGACACCUUUUUGGGUAGCCAAAUUAUCUUUGCAGUGUUACAUCAGAAGGCCCAGUGUGCUGUUGGGGGGGUUUUGAGGAAUUUUCUUCGCAUGAUUGGAUGCAUGUAAAAGUUAUGAGCUCAGUGGAAUUUCGAACAAGCCUUAUACUAGGAGUAAACCUUCAAACCAGCAGCCGUGGAGAGAAGACCUCACGCCUGCUGCGGGGUUGAUCACUUGCAUUGUUUGGUAUGCUGUGUGUUACCUGGUAGUAACGUAUUUGGUGGCACCAAAUUUCAAUUUCUCCUUUAAAGGAAUUCAAACACUUUUAAAAGAUCGGUCACCCAGCUCACUUUUCGUUGUAACUGGUCCUGAGAUUUUUAAGUUAAUCCAAAGAAGUAAAGGCAACUUGCUUUGAAAUAGAAGCGAAGAGUAUAUAGCGUGCUAAUUGUGGACUUCUCAAUUACCUCAGCAGGUAUCCUGCCAUGUAAUUACUAGUGAUUAGUGCUAUUAAUUUAAUCAGCUAAAUAGAUUCAGGUCUCUUACCUGUUCCCUGGGUUAAGUGGCCUGCCGUGUGAUAUUUAGGCUGAGUUGCUAUCCAAAAAGGGGGCAUCAUUCCCUCUCUCCCCUCUCCCAAUUUUAAAAGUAGACGUGCUCCGUAAAUGUAGAUAGCUCAUUUCUUGUCAAAGGUCAGCAUUCAGUGCCACUCGCUCCGGCAUUGACUGUCAGCAUACUCAACACUGGAUCAGUGAAAUAUUUUAAAAACUUUUUUUUCUCAGCUAGAACAAACUAAGCUCUUCAAAUGAAUCCACAUCCGACACUGUCGUAGAAAUAGUUUUUCUUUACUAGUUGACCCUUUUAAAACUUAAAGGAACGAACGGCAGCAAUGUUUUCAAGUUUCAUUUACUGUGUGGUGAUGUUCUGGCCCCAAGCUCUCCUUUUUAUUUUUAUUUUUCUCCCGGUUCUCUUCCUCGAAAAAGCAAUAAAACUGCUUUAAGUCUGUUGCCUAAUAGCAUGACAUAUGAAUCCUUUCCUUUGGAUAGUGGUUUUAUAGGAAAGUUUGUAUGCAUAUCACCAAGUCUAGCUUUUAAAAAAGUUUAAAAAAAAAUGUGCAGGAGUUAUUGACACUAUAGUGUGGCAUUUUAUUUUAAAAAUUGGGGAAAGUUACAUAUUUUUUUAAAAGUAGGUGUUUGAGUAAAUAAUGGAGGUACUUUUUUUAAGAAAAAAAUUUAUAUGCCACAGUUUACAUAGACAUAUUUCAAACUAACCUAUACAGUGUAACUGUUCAGAUAUGGUGGCUUCUUUUACUCUGUCAAGAUGCAUGUACAGUAACUCUUCCAUAGUAUUUCCUUGUGAUUGCCUACUUGAGUCCUUCUUUAUAUGCUUUUUAAUGUAUCUGAAUCAAAAUAGUUUUCCAAAAAAUUGCAUUAAUUUGGAUAUAUUUAUUGUAAUUAAUGAACUGCUAAGUGUAUGAAAUGCAGUUAAUUAAUGAACUGCUAAAUGUAAGAAAUGCAGUUUAGCCCUUUUCUAACUGAUCUUUACAAUUGAAGACACUGUUCUUUUGAAGUCAUUAAAUUUGUACGUGGGGCGGCACUCGUGAAAUUUUACGAGUGCCACCUCAGUGUUCCCUUUAAGAGUGUGACCUCAAUUUCACAUAUAAAAGAAAUGCAUGUCCUCUACUGGUCUGAAAACUGUAGGCAUUUAUGAUGUUUAAAACACAAUGAAACGUGUAUAUAAGCCUAUAAAAGAAGAUUUGUGCAAUUGAAAGCCUGUUAAUUUUGUAUGUAAACAUACCUACACAUGGAAGGGUUAGACUCACGGCAUUCUUAAUGAUGGUUUCUGGCUUCCAGUAUUUAAACUGGUACUUUUUUUGCACAUAGUUAACUUGACUCAUCCUUCAGUAUGAUUCUUCAAAAAAAAAAAAAAGUGCUGUUUCUGUGGUAUUGUAUUCUCUGAAUAAUCAUAUUUAAUUUUUUAACGAGGUUACAGUUCCUGAUUGUUCCGUUCCUGUGUUUUUUGCUGGUGUGUAAUAAAGGCAAGUUUUUCUUUUCAUGGUUAUUUAAUACAUUAGCUGCCUGUAAAUAUUUCUUGUUAGAAUGCUCUGGAAUGUGUUGUAGAAGUUGUAUUAGAUCAGUUAAAAGCAUUGUUUGAGAACCACUUUGUUUUGGUUAUUUCUAUUAAAUUAGAAAAAUGAAAUGUUUUCCAAUUGUGAGAUUUUUCUCAUUGAGCUGGGCAUCUGUCUGUUUCAGUGUUCAAGCAGUUAAAUGAAUGAUUAUGUUUUUUAUUACAAAUAAUUUUCACAUUUUUGACGUGGGCACAAGUUUUGCUUCGUAACUAGCCAGAAGAUAUGUAACCCUUUUCUUUAUAAGGAUUUUCUGAAUCACUCUCGUAUUUAUCUUCAUAGCACAUCGCACAGGCUGUGUAUUCAAGCCCGCAAACACCUCUGUGAAGAAGAAAGGGACAGAGAAAAUUAGCCCCAUUUAAAAAACAAAAAACAAAAACGGGCAGUAGACUGAACAACUUGCCCAAGGACACCCAGAACUAAAACUAAGUUCUGACUGUUGGUUUAGACUCUAAACUAGAGGGUUCUCAAGUGCAACCACCAACCAAAUAAAGUAAUACGUGUUCUCAAAAAUGCCAA